AUGCCAGUCGAGGACCUCGCCGCGGCGCACUGGCGCCGCUUCGUCUACCUCAAGCUGGCGCGUCGAUGGCACGCGCUCUGGUGUCGCUGGAGCCCGAGCGGCGAGCUGCGCUCCGUCUUUGAUGCCGAGCGGGCCUUUGAGCCGACGGGAAAAGGCUGCUCGAUGCAGGUCGUGUACCACUACCGCGACGAGCGCGGCACGGUUGCGGAGGGUCCGCAGAGCGGCCCGUGGCACCUCACCGAGGAAGCCUGCAGCACGCCGCACGGGAUGCUCCACCCGGCCUCGCCCGAGAUGACGACGCUGCUGCUGCCCGGAGGGCCGAGCGCGUGGUGCAUGAGGCGGAGCCCGGCGGGCACUCCCUGCGCCGCCGAGCUCUUCCUCCACCACGGCGACCACCUGAGGAUGAGCGCCGGCGUCGUCCACUCCGCCGACGGAACGCUGCAGCAGCUCGCCCUCGUCCGCGAGGACGCUCGUGGGCCGUGGCCUUCGGCCGCCGCCGCCGACGGCUGGUCCGAGAGCUGCGAGGCUGCGGCGCACUCGACGGCCGACAGCGGCGAGGGCGAGGCAGGCGGCGGCAGGCGGCUGUACACUGUCGAGGCGCACUGGGAUGCCGAGGGCGGGCUGGCGGAGGUGCGGUGGCUCGUGUUUGAGGCGUGA